AUGUCCACAGAACUCCCGACGGAGUGUCCCCUUCCUCCACCUCCUACAGAAGUCCCGACGGAGUGUCCCCUUCCUCCACCUCCUACAGGAGUCCCGACGGUGUCCCCUUCCCCCAUGUCCACAGGAGAAGUCCCGACGGAGUGUCCUACAGGAAGUCCCGACGGUGUCCCCUUCCCCCAUGUAGUCCCGACGGAACCUCCUACAGGAGUCCCGACGGAGUGUCCCCUUUCCCUAUGUCCAAAGAAGUCCCGACGGAGUGUCCCCCUUCCCCAUGUCCAAAGGAGUCCCGACGGAGUGUCCCUUUUCCUCCACCUCCUACAAGAAGUCCCGACGGAGUGUCCCCCCUUCCCCCAUGUCCCAGAAAGUCCGACGGAGUGUCCCCCUUCCUCCACCUCCUACAGAGGUCCCGACGGAGUGUCCCCUUCCUCCAUGUCCACAGGAGAAGUCCCGACGGAGUGUCCCCCCUUCCCCCAUGUCCACAGAAGUCCCGACGGAGUGUCCCCUUCCUCCACCUCCUACAGAGGUCCCGACGGAGUGUCCCUUUCCUCCAUGUCCACAGGAGAAGUCCCGACGGAGUGUCCCCUUCCCCCACCUCCUACAGAGGUCCCGACGGAGUGUCCCCUUCCUCCAUGUCCACAGGAGAAGUCCCGACGGAGUGUCCCCCUUCCCCAUGUCCCAGAAGUCCCGACGUCCAGAGGUCCCGACGGAGUGUUCCUUUCCUCCAUGUCCACAGGAGAAGUCCCGACGGAAUGUCCCCUUCCUCCACCUCCUACAGAGGUCCCGACGGAGUGUCCCUUCCCCCACCUCCUACAGAAGUCCCGAAGGAGUGUCCCCUUCCUCCAUGUCCACAGGAGAAGUCCCGACGGAGUGUUCCCCCACGUCCACCUUUCGCACGAUCAUCUCACCCCGUCCGCCAAGAUAAUGGGGCGCGUCUCUCGCCCUCGACUCCUGGCCCACCUGUCGCCCUCCAUCUCCCGGCCACCCAGGGAUCGUCUUCCGAGGCGUGCAGAGUCCGUAGGCUUCCCCCGCCUGCCCCGUCACGUACGUCGCCGGGGCAUCCUCGGUUACAGAGGGACCUCGCACUCACGCACAGCGACGUAUAUAGCGCACUCACAUGGCUAG